AUAUAUAUAUGUAUAUAUAUUUUUGUCUGUAUACACAUAUAUACAAAUCUUUAUUAUUAAUUCUUUGAUUCUCUUUCUUUUAUUUUAUAAUAAUCAAGAAAAGAAUAAUUUACAUUCAUAACAGAUAAUAAUAAAAGACAAUGUAUCCUUGUCUCCAUAAUCAAAAUUAAUUACAAAGAAAACACAAACAAGCAAACAAACAAACAAACAAACUAACGAACUGAACAAUGAAUAAGAACAUCAGAUCAGAAGGAAAUAAGGAUUAUGCCAAUAAUAGUAACGUUGAUCUCCCAGGGCAAUCUUCUGAGGAUACUCAUUCUAUCAAUACUACCUCUACAAAAGGUCAUCAUCAUGGGUCACAUUCCUUUAAAGAAGAUCAUAAUGACAGUCGAUCUUCUACUAUUGUGCAUCGUAAUGAAAAUCAUCAACGAGGUUUUAUCAAGACAUGGUUUUCCGGUUUAUUAGGUGAUAUCUAUGCUGAAGAUAAUCCAAGAGAGUAUUCUACUAUGAAAAAGAAUAUUAUUAUCUUUAUAGUAGCUCUUAGUGGUAUCAGUGGUCCCAUUGGUAGUAUGCUCUAUAUGCCUGGUCUAACCGAUGUCUCUAAAGAUUUACAUGCCUCUUUACCUGCUAUUAAUGCUACUGUUGCUGCUUACGUUGCGCUUAUGGGUAUUGCUCCAUUAUUCUGGGCUAGUAUGAGUGAUACAUAUGGAAGAAAGCCCAUGUAUAUCUUUAGUCUGAUCAUUAGUCUCGUUGCUGCUAUCUUAUGUGCUAUAUCAAGUAAUAUUGGUAUGUUAAUUGCUUUUCGUGCUAUUCAAGCUUGUGGUUCAGGUGCAGGACAAACAUUAGGUGCAGGCGUCAUUGCUGAUACCUUUGAUGUCGCAAAUCGGGGUCGAGCUUAUGGUAUAUUUUAUAUUGGUCCAUUAUUAGGCCCUGUUAUUGGUCCCACUAUUGGUGGUAUUCUUUGUCAAUACUUGGGCUGGAGAUCAUCCUUUUAUUUCUUAGCCAUCCUAGCUGGUGUUUUAUUAUUAAUGGUAACAUUUCUCUUACCAGAAACACUUCGUAAGAAGCAUGAUUCAGAAGAUUGUUAUGAUCAAGAUAUUAUUGGCAAAAAGAAACAACAAGAAAGAUUCAAAGCAUUAAAGAAUCUUCAAAAAGCGUUUGCCCCCAUGUUAGUUAUGGUAGGUGACCCUACCGUUUGUGUUAUUACAUUUUAUAAUACUAUCAUCUUUGCGUGUCUUUAUUUUCUUACGCCUACAAUUACUGAAACGUUCGAAAGGCUUUAUAACUAUACAUCUUUAGAAGUAGGUCUUUGCUAUCUUGCUUUUGGUGUUGGCUUAAUGUGUGGCUCUGUCCUUAGUGGUCAAUAUGCAGAUUUUAUUGUUAGACGACUUCGUAAAUCAAGAGGACCUGAGAAUGUUUACCCAGAGUUAAGACUAAGAGCUGCUUAUCCUGCAUUUAUUUUGAUUCCUGCUGGUUAUUUAAUUUAUGGUUGGACUACACAUAAAGGCAUUGGUGUUUAUGCUCCAUUAAUCGGUCUUUUUAUUUAUGCCUUGGGACAAAUGUCUGCUUUUACACCCACUUCAGUAUACUUAGUUGACUCAAAGCCAGGAAGGUCCGCUACAGCAGUUGCUAUUAAUAAUUGUGUCCGUUCGAUUGUAGCUGCAGUGACGACUAUCUUCUCUAGUUCAUGUCUUAAUGCUAUUGGCCCUGGUAUUCUAUAUACAAUUUUAGCGGCUAUCAAUGUUGCUAACUGUGUGACGUUGUUGAUUGUGAUGGUGUUUGGUAAAGGCUGGAGAACAGCCUUUGAAAAGAGAACUGGUGGUGAGGUUCCUACUACAACUUCUGAAUCACAAGAUCCUAGUAGUAAAGAGAAAAUAGUUGAUGAAUCUAGCUUGGAUACAGCAAACAAAGAAAAGACGAAUAGCAAUGAAUAUGAUGAAGAACUUGCUAUUGUUCAUUCAAGAAUGAGCCAGAUUUAAAUUUUUAUUAUUUUAUUAUAUCUCAUUUUAUUUUAUUUUUUAUAGUACUAUUUAAUAACUAAUAUAAUUAUAUCUGUAUAUUUUUAUUAUUAUUAUUAUUAUUAUUAUGGUAAUAAUAAUAAACAUAGUUUAAGGAUGAUUACC